UAGAAACCAGUAAACUAUGCGGGAUAUUUCUCAGUGACUGAACAUCAUCUGUUUACUUCGCGGUGAUAAGAACUUCGGCGCCUAUAAGCUCAUGUCUGACCGUGAACGGAGCUAUAUCAGCGGUACCCUCCACCUGCACUUAUUGUUUCGGAGUUGUUGCUCUCGGUGGCUGCGUGCGCGUAACUUUCAAACGAGGAUAAAUACUUUAAUAUAAUAAUUUGGAGCACUUUGGCACAAGACGGGACAUCGUGUGCGCCGGGCGUCAGAUAUAGAAGUCAACAAGUGAUUAUCAUAUUGACGGAGAAGGAGAUAUUAUUAAAAAUAUAUAUAUAUAUAUAAGUUGCUGAAUGAAAAGUUAGUUUUGUCUUUCUUGGUCGCGGGGUAUUUCAAGUGAAUCACAUUGAAUUUAAGCCACUGGAAAGGGGAAGUUAUUUAGAGUUUGUUCGAGUUUGUUUAGUACUCACUACCAUGAGUUCACCGGUGGUUUUACACAUGUGGACAGUUUUAUUGUUGGGGACUAUAACCGGGGUCGCAAGGGCUCAGGUCUCCACCGUAAAAGUGCUGAGGGGCAACAUCAGGAGAGACGACAUGUACCGCAAAGAAGAAAACAUCACAGUAACGCCGGUGGGCGGAGCCAUCCACAGCCCACGCUUCCCCAACGCUUACCCCCGCAAUCUGCUGUUGUCAUGGAAACUGCUGUCGCCACCUGGGAGCCGAGUAAACCUGGAGUUUGACGGACACUUUGGCUUGGAGGAGGCUGAGAAUGGAGUGUGCAGGUAUGACUUUGUUGAAGUGGAGGACCAAUCGGAGACCAGCACUAUAAUUUGGGGUCGCUGGUGUGGGCAGAAGGCACCGCCUAGUCUCAACUCCAAAACCAACAUGCUCAGAGUCACCUUCAAGUCUGAUGAUUACUUUGUUGCAAAGCCAGGAUUCAAAGUCUACUACUCACUGCUGUAUGACUCCCCUCUGCCUGCAUCCAACACCAACUGGGAGGCUGUCACUAUGCCCAUGUCGGACAGUGGUCGAGGGCAGAUGCCAGCGGCAGUCACAGAGGUUCCUUUCUCAUUGGAGGAUUUGGACCGGACCAUAGCUGCCUUUGACACUGUAGAACAGCUUUUCAGAACCCUGAGCCCAGACACCUGGAAACAGGACCUGGACAGUAUCUAUACUCAAACACACCUACAUUAUAGAUCCAGGGCCUAUCAUUUGGCAAGCAGACAUAAUAAAGUUGAUCUGAACCGUCUCUACGAAGACGUCAAGCGGUACAGCUGUACGCCUCGCAACUACUCUGUGAACCUUCGCGAGGAGCUGAAGGCCACCAAUGCCGUCUUCUUCCCUCGAUGUCUGCUCGUCAAACGCUGUGGAGGCAACUGUGGCUGCGGAACUGAGAACUGGAACAACGGCUGCACCUGUGAGGCCUCCAAGAAGACACUCAAACUACACGAGGUGCUGAAGUACACCCCAGAGGUCAGUCUGUAUCAGCGCCAUCGGAGGCCGCGGAUGCGCUGGGUCAUAAAUGAGAUUUUCCUCACACACCAUGAAAAGUGCGAGUGUGAGUGUCCCUCCCAGACCCCUCGCUGAUACACCCAGACUGGCACGUGCAUCUGAAACUGUUGGACGAGUUCUUUUUUUUUUAAAUCUAUUUUGCAACUGACUUUAUGUAAUUACAGCAACGCAGACACACGCAAAAAAGAAGGCGGCACCAUUUGGACUGACAAACCGCUGCUUGCAUUAUACACAUAUGUAAUUUGUUCUUGCAAGUAAACUUUCAUCUGUACACAGGCAAAACUUGUAAAUACAUAAAUGUUUCCAGCCAAUCAUAUUAGCUAUUUAGCUAAGUUUGCGCUGUUUCAAGUUUUUUCCUCCAAUAACCAAAUAUGGAAGAUACUUCGAACAAUAAAAAAAUACCAUACCACAAUGUGAAAAUAUGACAUGAAUAUUGUUUCAAACAUGCAUUUACAUUUUGAUUUAAGGAGUUAAAUGCCAACUUGAUUGAAUUUGAAUUUAAUUGACUCCCACUGUCUUUUUCCUAUUUCAUGAGUAUGUGGUUACGUUCAUUUGUAUUAUACAAAGAGUGUUUGUAGAAACUUAAGGCACUUCUUGGGCCAGAAUCAUGCUGAGAUGACUGAGCAUGAGACAGAAGGAGGGAGGGAGAGGUGUUGGACGAAGUGUAAACGACAAUAACACUUUACCUUCAUGUGAAAUUAAGCUAACCACAACCCUCCAGAUCUGAAUUGCACACUAACAUAUUAUAAUAUAUAUUCACGCUUCCCUUCGUCUGUGCUUCCAUCCAUACACUUCCCGCUCCUUUUCUUUAUUUCUCACGGACUCCAAAUCUCUCUUUCUAAAGCACAAACUCUGUUCAUCACUCUCUUAGCACAUAAAAAGGGGAUGUCAGAUCGAGCAGCUGUGCUCUGGCCAGUUUUCUGAGCAUUCCUGGCAUUCCAAAUGCUAACUGGAAUUCUGCUAACAAGAAUACAACUGUGAUCCUCAGACCAUAAACACAUACUGUAAGAGGAGAAAGAGAUUUUUAGGAGAGGCGGCUCACAGAAAAGGGACAAUCAAGCCGCCUAUUCGUAGAUUACCAGCACAUCUGGAUGAGAGAUGAGAUAGGAGCCACUUUCAAGAUGCAACAUAAAAGAUUGAAGCUACUUCAGUGGUUCCAAUCAGCAUUUUCAUAUAUUCAGCUCGCCUGAUUUCUUGUCAAGCUGCUUUUUUCCUCACGAAGAUGCGUUAAUAGCAAACAAAUCUGACCCACUGCUUUGCAAGUCUGCAGUGGUACCACAGUGGGGAAAAGCUCUGUGGGAAUUAGAGUAAUAUUAUAGGUCUCUGCUGAGAAUACAACUGAUACUUAAGUGUGUGUGUGUGUGUGUGUCUGUCUGUAACAGCUCAGGAAGAGGUCCUUUUGUUUAAGGGGUGGAGGGUUACCAACAGUCUGUGGGUGCUGGCAGUGGAUACAAGAAUGGGAAUGGUCGGCAUUUGACUGAGCGUGCAAGGGUGUGUGUGUGGGUGUGUGUUUGCGUUUGUGUUUGUGAAUGUGUGUGUGUGUAUGUCUAGGUAGCGAGAGAAUCACAGCAAUAGAGCAAGAAUUCAAAGUAAAUGCUUAUCAUUUCCAAGCACAUGACCCAGCUCUGAGAAAUAAAAGAAGAAUCAGUCAUCUCUCCAUCAUCACCUCCCGUGUGUCACACGAUCAGGACCGGCUUACAGUCCGGAUUUACACAGAGAGAAUUGGAUUUUACACACUGCUUGUGUUAUAAAUAAUAAAAAAAAUAACCAGACACUGAGAGGUUUCCUCUGUUACAGUAAAACCAGAUCAGCUUUGUGCCGGCAGCGCUUUUGUGGAUACAAAACACUCUUAAAUUCAUAAAAAGUGUGUCAGGCUGUGUGUUAGUCACAUUCCAAGUAAUUUACCCCAGACAAACAUACACGCAAACAGUUUUUUUUUAAGCUGUAGCUCAUCUAAGAAAGCAGCCUCACUUUGCAGUAAAACUUUUGUUUUCUGUUCUCCUGGAAUAGUUGCUUUAAUUCCGGUGUGCUGCAUUUUGAAACUCAAAGGUAAAACACAAAGCUAAUACAGCUUGGGUGGUUUGUUCAAAUUUUACAGAGGACGGUUGGCAGGUAAAUUACCCCGAUAUAAUUUCAGUAGCUAACGAGCCAGAUGGUGAUUAGGUAACGUGUCAUUUUCCAAGAUGUUUUGUUGUGAAAUGUGAAGUUUCUCUAGCAUGAGCUUUUAUGAUAUCUGCUACAAGUUCAUGCAUUUUAAGUGUGUGUGUGUGUGUGUGUGUG